AUGGCCACAACGAACAGAUCGAACGACAAAAUUAUACUGGGAUUACUUAGCGCUAUUUCGCACAUACAAUCAGGACGCUUUCACGCGGCAGCGGAAACCAGCCUGCAAGGGGACAAUUUUAUUAGAGACUACUGCGCCAGCGGUGGUAGUAACAGCGACGGCGACGGUGAUGGUGGUGGUGGCGGUGGCGGCGGCGGCGACGACAGUGGUGGCGAUGGCGGUGGUGGCUAUGGCGGUGGUGGAAGCGGCGGCGGCGGCGACGACUUCCCCGGGCCGAGCGAAUUGGUCUCCAUGGAAACCAUCCCGAAGCCAAUCCGGGGUGCAUUCACGACUUCGACAUCGAUUCCAGAACUUUGCUCGCAGAAGGUGCCACGAAUGAAAUCGAAUCUCGUCUCGCCACAUGUGGGUGUCGGUUCCUUUGUUUUCUCAUGA